AUAUAAUAUUUGUUUACAUUAGCAUGAGAUGUGUAAACAAAUUAUAUCUGCCUAUACAUGAUAGAAUAAUGAUAAACAGUUGGCCAUCAGGGCACAACUCCAACAGUAGUACCCCAACAAGAUAAUGCGCUGGGAAAGCGUACGGGACAUUUGAUGCGCCGCGCAUACGCCUUUGUAGACUUCCGCUAUGACUCGCUCAGCUUCCCGGUUGGUCAGGCAUCUCAGGAGUGGCCCACCAAAUGCCCUUUUAUACAGCUUUCCAUCAAGAAUUUGGAAUCGGGCGCCCUGAGCUUUACUUUUCUUGCCCGGUCAUCUUGUUCUGGCAAGCUCCCAUCCAUCAAAUAUACCAUCAGAUCAUACAUCCAAUGGUCGUCUGCCCCGACCAG